AUGUAUCUGAAUUUCAGACUGACUAAAAUUUUUGUUGACUGAAAUGGUCAGUCAAAUUAAUUUGGCGUUAUGUGGUGUUAUUUUUCUCUGUGUUUUUGUAAGAACUUGCACUGGUGACAGUCCAGCAGAGAAAGAAGACAGUACAAGUGAUGUACACUCUUUAUUUAUUCCCGCCCUUCAAAACGUUAUUAAAGACUCAUCAGCAAGUAAUACUGAGAUGAUCAAAGAUGCAGAUGAAAUCCAGGCUAUGCAUUUACACAAAGGUCCUCCUGAGUCAGUGCCCAGAUUGAUAUUGGAUCAUGGUUACCCAGUGGAAACUCAUGAUGUAACAACAGCUGAUGGGUACAUUUUGGAGAUGCACAGAAUUCCACAUGGAAUUGUUCCUGGUUCAGGGCCUGGAGAGGGUUCAAAGACUCCUAUUUUGCUGGCACAUGGUCUCAUGUGUUCUUCAGCUAUUUGGGUGUUCAGUGGUCCAAAAUAUGCUUUAGCUUAUAUGCUGGCUGAUGCUGGCUUUGAUGUCUGGCUGGGGAAUGUCAGAGGCAACACAUACUCUGCAAGGCAUACUAAGCUCUCAACUGAUGAAACUGCAUUUUGGGAGUUUGGGAUUGAUGAACAUGGAUAUUUUGAUGCUCCUGCACAAAUAGACCACAUCACUGCCACAACUGGAGCCCAAAAAAUGUUCUAUGUUGGAUAUUCCAUGGGGGCAACCAUGUUCUACAUAAUGAGUGACAUGAGACCAGAGUACAGAGAGAGAUUCAUUGCAAUGUUUGCUCUUGCUCCUGCAGCCCAAAUGAGUCACACCACAAGCAUAUUCAAGCGCAUUGCUGACUACUAUGACUUCAUAGAUGGGUUUCUAGAUUUAUUUGGAAUCAACCAUCUGCUGCAAAAUAGCUUUCCAGUGAAGCUGUUCAACUACAUAUUUUGCAGCCAUAUGACCAUUGAUCUCUGCAAAUAUGGACUUCUCAUGUUGACAGGUUUUGACAUCAUGGAUCUCAACCAGGAGAUUGAUGAUGAAAUGGCACCCGUCUUCUUCAAGCAUCUUCCAGCUGGAGCAUCUCGACAUUCAGUCAUGCAAUUCGCAGCCAGUGUUAUUUCAGGAAAAUUCACGAAAUAUGAUUACGGUUCGUUCGAUAAUGAACACGUUUAUGGGCAAGAAGAAGCACCUGAAUAUAAAAUUGAAAAAUCAACUACACCGGCGCUGAUUUACUGGGCUGAAAAUGAUUCCCACACAGCCCCGGAGGAUGUGGAGUGGAUCAAGGAGAGAUUGCCCAAUGUUGUGGAAUUUCGAAAGAUUGACGUGGACGGUUUCAAUCACCUGGACUUUGUGUGGUCAAAGAAGGCGAAAGAUGCGCUUUAUACACAUAUGCUGGACAAGGCAUUAAUAUUGGAUAGAAGGAAUAAAUCUGCAUCAUAAGAAGGAGUGUCUUAUACAGUAAUUUAUUUGUUAUUACGCUG